AAGAAAUAUUAUUGAAGAGAUGAAGAUCAUAUGCUAACUGGAAAGAUCCCCCCACAUUGUCUCCAUUUAAAGGAACCAUGGGGUGCGGCUGCAGCUCUGAGUUUGAAGAUGACUGGAUGGAGAAUUUUGAUGUGUGUGAGCACUGCAAUCUCCCCAGAGAGAAAAGGCCUGAGUUCAUCUCAAAUUAUGAUGUUCAAGAUCCCUUGGUUUCAUACACCGGGCAGGUUCCUCCGAACUCACCACUGCACGAUAACCAGGUGGUGGCCCUAUACAGUUACGAGCCUGUCCAUGAUGGAGACCUUGGUUUUGAUGAAGGAGAGAAGCUGAAUGUCUUGGAGCAACUCGGAGAAUGGUGGAAAGCACAGUCACUUCGUACAGGGCAGGUGGGAUAUGUGCCUUAUAACUUUGUUGCAUCAAUACAUGGCCUAGAAUCUGAACCAUGGUUCUUUAAAGAUUUGGGUCGAAAAGAUGCAGAACGUCGGCUUUUAGCUCCAGGGAACCAGCAAGGAUCCUUCUUAGUUCGUGAAAGUGAGACAAAUAAAGGUUCCUAUUCUCUCUCAGUUAGAGAUCUAGAUCAGAAUCAAGGAGAAGUCGUUAAACAUUACAAGAUCCGAAAUAUGGACAAUGGUGGCUUCUACAUCUCUCCCAGGAUAACCUUCAGCAGCCUGCAUGACAUGGUGCAACAUUACUCCAAAUCUUUGGAUGGACUGUGUACCCUGCUGAAAGAGCCAUGCCAAACCCAGCGCCCACAAAAACCAUGGUGGGCUGAUGAAUGGGAAAUCUCACGAAACAAACUUCAGUUGGUUAAGAAGCUUGGAGCUGGACAAUUCGGGGAGGUGUGGAUGGGAUACUAUAACGGACAUACGAAGAUUGCUGUAAAAAGCCUAAAAUAUGGCUCGAUGUCAACAGAGUCUUUCCUAGCAGAGGCCAACAUAAUGAAACAGCUUAAUCAUCCCCGUCUGGUGCGCUUGCAUGCUGUUGUAACCCAGGAACCUAUUUAUAUUGUCACUGAGUACAUGGAGAAUGGAAGCUUGGUGGAUUAUCUGAAGACUGCAGAAGGACUCAGACUGACUAUAUAUAAACUUAUUGAUAUGUCUGCUCAGGUGGCAGAGGGCAUGGCAUUCCUGGAGCGUAAGAAUUUCAUCCACAGGGACCUGCGAGCUGCUAAUAUCCUUGUGUCCGAGUCGCUGUGCUGCAAGGUUGCAGACUUUGGAUUGGCCCGGUUGAUAGAAGACAAUGAGUAUACAGCUAAAGAAGGUGCCAAAUUUCCUAUUAAAUGGACAGCUCCGGAAGCCAUAAGUUAUGGAACAUUUACCAUCAAAUCAGAUGUGUGGUCAUUUGGGGUCCUUCUAAGUGAGAUUAUCACAUAUGGACGCAUUCCAUACCCUGGUAUGACUAACCCAGAAGUUAUUGAACGACUGGAGCAUGGAUACCGUAUGCCACAACCAGAACAUUGCCCUCCAGAGCUGUAUGAUUUGAUGCUUCGUUGUUGGAAAGAGCGACCUGAGGAUAGACCAACUUUUGAAUUCCUUCGUUCAAUGUUGGAAGAUUUCUUUACAGCUACAGAGGGACAGUACCAAGCACAGCCCUGAGAAACCUUCUAGGUGUCUUCACAAUACUUCUUGUUAAAAGUUGCCAUAAGUUAUCAUUAGCACCAACUCUAAGCAAGAAAUGCCUGGAGUAUCUCCAAACAGUAGCUCUAAGAGGUCACUGCUCGGACUCAUAUGAACACCAGUUAAAACUUUGGGUCAGUACUGUCAAUAGGCUCUAAUACAGACCAGUAGGAUGCUACUUAUGGCCUUGAGAAGUCACCUUUGUACCAGACCUGACUGAACUUUGAAUAGGUACUAAUAUACAAGCGACCAUGAAGUAAACCCUGAGGAUACUAAAAUACUAUUUAUGGUUCUGAACUAUUGCUCUAAAUUUUGACUAGGUAUUUCUUUGGAACCAAUCAAUACUGGAGAUUUACGAGUUCAGAGAAGAUAAACUAACUAACUAGUACCAAACAUUUAAUGCUUCCAAAAUCAUUACAAGACAUCAACAUAUAAAUUUGAAUCAGUACACAGAACCAAAUUGCCAGCCCAACUAGGAGCAUUUUUGCAAGACCAGCAUAAUGACCAGAUUUUCCAGUUCAUAAAGGGUCCACAUCGAAGGCCUGAUAGGUUUUUUGGUCCGUCAAGAUUAUCUAAAAUGUCUCACUACUGUAAGGUCCAUGAAAGAUUUUAAAGCUGUUUAUCUAGCUAUGCAUGGUUCAGUGGGGUAAAAAAGAGGAAGAUAUAUUGCAAUACAAAGCUCAAUAAAAAGCCCCCAAACAUUUUAUGUGAUUUCUCACCAGCCAGCCAGUUUUUGAUUUUCAGGCCCCUAGACUUUAAUAUGAGCCACAAGCAGCUCUUUCCAUGGGAAAAUAAAGUUUUCUAAUUCCAAUGUGUAAUAAACCCAAUUAAUUCCCAGCCUGCUUGAAGAUUAAAAAAUAAUGGCCCGCCAUUAUAAUGAGAUAUUACCAGACUUUGACCGUAUUAUGCAGGAUAAUUGCUCACAAAUAAGCAUUGGAUGUUCCCAUUUAGAAAGUAACCAGCAAACAUGUACCAAGGGCUAACAAAUAAUAACUUACUAUGUUUCUGCAUAUUAGACCUUUGUUUCACUCCACAUUAAACAUUUUCUUUUUGCCUCUCUCCACCUCAGUUAUCUUCCCACUAACACACAUGUUUCUGUAUGCUUUUAUGCACCUUAUGUUUUUGGAGAUUAUAAUUAUAGUCAACAAUGAAAUAUCUGAAUAAACAUUUCAAGCAGCA